GUUUUUUUUUGUACAGUACAGUGAAAUUUAAUAGAUUACUUGAUUGAUUUUGAUUUUUACAGUAGAAAUAUGAAUGAUAGUGAUAAAAUACUGAUAAGGUGAUAAGAGUAAUAUCUAUUUCGGUUGAGUAGCCGGUUGCAGUAACUUUGUAUAUUGGGAAAUUGGCCGUUAGCCGUAACACAGCGAGUUUUCUACUCAGUCGCUAAUUUUCUUUUAUAUUUCAAUAACAAUGAGAACACUUACAAAAUAUAAAUUAAUAUUUUUCUGUAUGGGUACGGUAUUUACGGUCCUUUGUUGUGAAUAUCUGAUUUACCAUGUUGUCAUUAUGCAGUGCGACUGGCCAGAGUUGUCCUCAGAUGCUGAGCACUUGCAUGUGUUUAUGCUGGCGGACAUCCACAUGCUGGGCCCUCGCAAGGGGCACUGGCUGGACAAGUGGAGGCGAGAGUGGCAGAUGCAUCAAGCAUACCAAACAAUCCUCACACUUCACACUCCUGAUGUUGUUUUCAUAUUAGGUGAUAUAUUUGAUGAAGGUGAAUGGACAACUGAUAAACAAUUCAAAGAGUAUGUAGAUCGCUUCUAUAGUCUGUUUAAAGUGCCAGAAGGGGUGCCCUUGUAUGUAGUAGCAGGGAAUCAUGACAUUGGCUUCCAUAAUUUCAUUCGGCGUGGGAAUCCUGAUAGAUUUACACGAAUGAUGAAAGCACCAUCAGUACAGCUAGUAACAUUAAAAGGGAACCACUUUGUUCUAAUCAAUUCCAUGGCCAUGCAUGGAGACAACUGCACUCUAUGCUCGAAAGCCAGGGAGGCUGUAGAUAAUGUUUCAGAAACCCUAAAAUGUUACAAAGAUAAGAAAUUUUGUGGAAGGAAAAGAAAAGUACACAGCUACAGUAAUCCUAUACUUUUGCAGCACUUUCCACUAUACAGAACUUCAGACGGCAUUUGUAAUGAACCAGAUUCACCACCUUUGGUAGAAAAAUUCAAGGCAUUCAUACCUAAACGGGAAUGUCUCUCGGAAGAAUCUACUGAAUACUUGGUGAAUAAAAUAAAACCAAGAGUGGUAUUUGGAGGACACACACACUCGGGUUGCAUCGUGCAACAUAAAUAUGAGAAUGUUCAAGAAACACUGAAUUUUGAGGAGCACUCAAUACCAUCGUUUUCAUGGCGUAAUAGACCUGAUCCUAAAUAUAUGCUGGUCUCAAUAACACCAGAUGAGUAUGCGGUGGACAAAUGUGGUCUGCCAUUGGAGACAACUAUACUAACAAUAUUCAUUAUGUCUUACAUGAUCAUAAUUGCCCUGACAAUAUCAUUGUCUCCAUCGAACACGCUGCUGCGGUGGUGCCGAAGACUUAAGGAAGUAUAUUGAACGGGCUGUGGAGCAGCGGCAGCGCGGUAGCAGCGGCCCGAUUAUCCGGCGAUAAGGCACAAAAACAACUUUUUGAUUUAUGAAGAAGCGAGGUGAAGCCGGCUACCGGGCGCCGCGGCAGGACGCAGUGACGUCAUCAGCUACAGCGGCAUCCGACUACACCACUGCACUGAAGUCUCAAAAACUCAAAGUCUGAAAACAAAAAGUCUCACAAACUACACCACUGCACUGAAAAGUCUUACAAGCUUUUCUAGUCCCUUCUCCAAAACAAUGAGGAGGAAGAUCUCUUGGACCUUGCCAUUGAUAUUAGUAAGUAAGUACUUAUUUCAAAAUAUAAUUCAUUCCAAAGGUGUUAAUUCUUGUAUUAUAUUUAUUUAUUGCAGAUGAAUGUAAGAUAUUUAAGUAACUAAGUAUAUCAUAAAUAAGUACUUUCGAAUAAACUUUAUUAAUAAACCUAUUGAGUAAUGCAUACCAACCUUCAGCAAAUGCAAUAAAAACAAGGAACUCGAUGCGAUAUUCAUAUUUAAAUGUAAAGGUACCUAAGUGUAGUCGAGAGUGGCGGUGACGGGCCGCGUCUGCCCGACCGUGUCAUCUGCUUCAGCCGGCUUCUUCUAAAACAAUGCUUAUUUAUUCAUUGCUUUUUUUAUUGCAGUCAUAUUUAUACUCGCUUUAUGUGGAAAAUAUUUUAUUUGCUGCUAACCAUAUUACGCUUUCUCGGAAAAUGCUUUGAAGCUUAAGCCAUGCUUUGUAUUUUAGUUUUGCCUUCCUUUUAAAGUGUCCAAUUUUUUUUUCUGAAGUAAAAGAUCCACGAAAAGCGAAGUGUUAUGUACCGCAGGAAAAUUACUUACCUGCUUAGGUACUCGUAAAAGAAGUGAAAUGAUAAUGCAGACCGACAGAAGCACGAAUUAAAUUAAACUGUAAAUUUGCCAUAGCUGUGUACAUUACAUACUACUACAUACUUUACUAAACUAGUUUUUUAUAUAAAGUUUUUAAUGGAGGCCUUGGGAAUAAACUGUCGACCCGCGGUCAGAUUUUGAAACAUUUAUGUAAAUGAGUGGUCGAAGGCCCAAGCUGCUCAAAGGCGCCGCCGUUGAAACCUCACUCUCAAAGCCUUUAUUAGCUACGCUUUAAUUGUACAUAUAUCUACCAACAUAAAAGAAAUAAAAUGCAUUGUUAUAAUAAAUUACGGGCCAAAUA